GGAGACGUCCCACCCCCAUUGCACACAACACACGGAUGAAUUCACAUAGGACUGUAGUUGUCGUGUAGAAAAGAUAGAAGAAGGGCGUCGUGUCUAUUUUGCGUGAUCAGAGUGGUGAUGCAAAGCUGAAGCUUCGUGUGAAAAGGUGUUGAGCUUCUCAUUAUCGUAUUGGACCAAGACUUAACCCUCUUGUCACGAGGAAUCGAAACCCAACAAGAUAAAGAAACCUACGAUAAACCACACUGCCCAAAAGCAGUGAUGGCGAAUUUUGCUUACACUUGUGUUUUGGCUUCAUUCGUACAAACAUUAACCCAUGACUGUGUAGCUAGAAAUCAACAGUAGAUUUCUGCUCUCCUGGCAGCUUCAGCUUCUCAGCUUGGACCCAGCGACCACAUCCAGCCUGGCUCCCAUCGCUUCCCCUCCCUGGGUGGUUUUGUCCUGUGUGAACUCUGGAGGGGGAAGUUCUUUUCCUUGUUCUGAUUUUGAGCAGCAAACUUCCUGCUGUCAAUAUUUCAUCCACGAAUGCCCUGAAAGGUUGCCUGUGAGUGUGUGUUGCAUAUUCGCAGCACUGCAGAACAAACAUAGGGGCAUCCCCCAUUUCGUAAAGCUGGUUCAGCCACUGUGCAGGCCUUUUAUCACGCACAUCAACUUGGAGUGAAAGUGAAAGUGCGGUUGUGGUCGGGGCCGUUCAUCCUUACUGUAAUUUCACUCCUUUUUUUGGUUUUUUUUUCUUUUCUUUUGCAUUUUACUGUUGUCGUCGACCAGUGCUGCCAUUCGUCUUUCUAUCGUGGCCAAAGCAAAACGAUCAAAUAGAAGGAGGAAAUCGUAAAAUAGGUUUAUCAACAGUUCGGUUUUCCUUUUGCGGUUGCUUGAGAAUCGGCGUGAAAAGAUUCCGUCCGAGAAAACGGAAACCAACCAAGGCUUUAAUCGCAGCCGUCAAGUAUCCGGACGGAUCCAACAAAGUCUACGGGUUGCCACUGGCCGGAGAUUCCACAGCACAAAAUCGGUCGUGAAAAUAGAAAAAAAAAAAGAAUUGGGCGAGAAAGAAAGAAAGAAGAGACGUCGAAAUCAGUCGAGGCGGAUUGGAUCGACCAAAUCUGCGGUCAUCCUAAUUGCGCGUCAGCUGCAUGUUUUUCCAGCACGGCGCCGCCAUGAAGAGGUUCACAUUCAAAGGAGUUUUGGACAAUUUUCGGCAAUCGGUGAGCCAGCCGACCAAAUCUGAGCAGCCCGAGCUGAUCGAGACCCUUAAAACUGAGCACUGUCAACUUGCUAGAACGGCCCGUCAUGGCUUCCCGCAUCAACCAACCGCCUUGGCUUACGAUCCUAUUCAACGGCUCGUCGCUAUUGGAACCAAAUCCGGCGCCAUUCGAAUACUUGGCAGGCCUGGUGUGAGUGUGCAGGUCCGUCACGAUCCGGUUCCUGAUCCGUCUGCGGCCGGAAGCGGCACUAGAGGAGGUGAUGUCACAGGGGCGGCGGCCGCGUCCGUCAGCGUUGGAGCCAGUGGCGUUACGGAAGUUCCAGGAGGAGGGCCUGGCAGAGGAAGCAAUGCCGGACUAGCUUCCGGAUGUGCCGGAAUCAAUCAACACCCGGGUGUUUGUGCGACAGGUCCAACCAGAGACUCGAAUACGUCGGCGUCUGUUGGCGGCGGCGGCGGCGGCUCUUCUUCCGUACUGGGCGCUGCAGGUGCCACAGGUGGGCACAUUGCCGCGGGCAGUUCAAUUCCAGCCGGCCAGUCGGGCAACAUUCCAUCAAAUCAUGCUUCCGGUGGAGGACAUCAUCCGCCACACGGCGGAUUUUCUACGACAGGUCCGGCCGUCAUCCAACUGCAGUUUCUAAUCAAUGAAGGCGCUUUGGUGUCGGCCACGUCUGACGACAGUCUCCACUUGUGGAACAUCCGUCAGAAACGUCCGGAUAUCGUCCACACCUUGAAAUUCCAACGUGAAAGGAUUACCUGUUUCCACCUGCCGUUCCAGAGCAAGUGGCUGUACGUCGGUACGGAACGCGGCAACGUUCACAUCGUCAACAUUGAAAGCUUCAGCCUAUCGGGCUACGUCAUCAACUGGAACAAGGCCAUCGAAUUAUCGUGCAAAACUCAUCCGGGGCCCGUCAUUCACCUCAGCGACUGUCCUACAGAUCCCAGCAAGUUGCUGAUGGGGUUCGAGUCCGGUCUGGUGGUCUUGUGGGACCUUCGAACCAAAGUGGCCGACGCCCGUUUUUUAGCCAACGAGCCGCUUCGUUCCGUUUCGUGGCUGUCGGACGGCAAGCAGUUGAUUAGCGCUCACACUGACGGAUCGCUGCACACGUGGAACGUCAGAGCUGGCCCGAGGCCGGCUCCUGUUUCUGUCACCUAUCCGCACGCCAAAGGAGGUCGAGAAGGCAAACCGGAAUGCAAAGCCAUUCAGAAGGUCGAAUGGAAAUCAUCAUCGAGCGGGGAUCCAUUUGUGAUUUUUUCGGGUGGUUUGCCCAUCGAUCGACCGGGCCGGUCGUCCAGCAUUACCGUCAUUCACGGCCGCAAUACGACAGUCUUGGAAAUGGAGCACAACGUCGUCGACUUUGUCGCCCUUUGUGACACUCCCUGGACCAGCGCAGAAGAACAAGAUCCGCACGCCAUCAUUGUCCUGCUGCAAAAUGAUCUAGUCAUUAUAGACUUGCUGAGUCCCGGCUUCCCCUGUUUCGAGAAUCCCUAUCCGAUGGAUAUCCACGAGUCUGCCGUCACGUGCUGUCUCUACAUCGCCGACUGCCCGGGUGACUUGAUUCCGGCGCUGUACUCGGUCGGCGCCCAAGGCCACAGCGGUUUCAGCAAACGGGAAUGGCCCAUCAAUGGUGGCCAGUGGGGAUCGUUGGCCCCGAGCUACGCAGAGAUGAUCGUCACCGGACAUGUGGACGGAACGGUCAAAUUCUGGGACACGUCGUCGCUGUCGCUUCAAGUCCUUUAUCGAUUGAAGACGAGCAAAGUCUUUGAAAAAUCACGUACCAAAACCCUGCGGCCAGACGGUGAGCUGGCCACGGCCGUUCUGGUUGGCUCCCAGCCGGGCAAACAGCACUUGGCCAUCAAACAGUUGGCCAUGUGCCCCGAGAAUAGAUUGCUGGCCAUUGCCGGAGCUUCGGGCCACGUCAUUCUCUUCAAAUUCCGGCGCCAAGAAGUUAGCCAAGAAACAAUUGUUCUGGGCGUGCCACUCUUUUUCGAAAAUGCUGAAGAACCUCAGGGGUCGCCGUCGUUUGGUCCAGGAGCGGCUAAUUUGGAAUUUUGUCUAAGAAAAGAGCAGCCGAAUCCUUUGAGCGUCAGGGGAGGCGUCUACCGCCGUCCGCCCGGCUUCCAAGUCGACUUGGUCUGUCUCAGCUCUUGGAUGGAUGGAGAAGCGCCUGGAUCUAUCACCGCCCUCUCUGUCAACUCGGCUUACGGCUUAAUGGCCUACGGCAACGACGGCGGACUGGUUCUCGUCGACAUCAUUCAAAAAUCCGUUUUGCUGAGCAUGGCGUCGGUGGACCUUUACAGCUCGGCCGAUCCGUACACGCGACUUCCGCGAUCGCCCAAACGACCCACAGAUGGCGUUAGCAGCCGUGCCGGCGAACUGGACGACAAUUCGAUCCGUUCACCUUCUUGCGAUCAGAACCAAGUUGUGGAGCACAGCGUCGAUGAAGUGGACGCUGUCAAGAGCGUGGAGUGUCUGGAAACGGAAGUGGAUCGCGCCGUUGAAGCGUCGGCCGACGACGAACACAAUCAGCCGGAAGCGGCGCUGACGACGGAGGAGGAAGGCAAAACGGAGAAUGGCGGCGGUGGCGGUGGCGGUCGUGUCCGCAAGAAGAAAAACUUUAAUUUGAAGAAGCAAUUGUCGAAGGCGGACACGAAACUGCGCGAUCUCUUCGCGCCCGUCAGUCGCCGAGGAUCGGGGGCCAGUACCGGAGCCGGAACGGCGUCUGCUGCUGGAGGACUGACGUCCCCGCAUUUGGCCGACUCGAAGCCCGUCUCGCCGCAGGAAGAGCAGCAAGCGGCUUUCCAUUUCCCUGAGCCGGCCGACGGCAAUGCAGCCGUUCCGGCCGAGCCGCUCGAUAGCACAGCCGCUGCCAAGGCCAGUCAAGACAUUGCGCUCUUCGAUCCGGAUGGGAUUCCGAUCCGACCUCCGCGCCGGCUGAAAAAAUCGCUCAGCGCCGCGGCCACGCACCAGAAAACGGGCGGCCAUCGCGAUUGCGGAUGGAAGCGGACGUGGUAUUCUAGCGAUUCAGAUUCGACGGCCUUGGCUCCACCCGCGCAGAUCCACGUCCUCGAUCUGCGUUUCGACGCGGCCGACGAUUCCUGCCACGCCGGAUUUUUGGAUAACCUCGUCAGGAAAUUUAACAAAUCGGACAUGGCGUUCACUCGUUCAAGGAGUUCCAGCACAUCCAGUUUGGAGAAUCAAACUAACGAGGCCGUCACGACUCUCACCUUUGCCGAUACGUUGGCACGCAAAUUAGACACGGCCGUUUCGGCUUCGUUGUGGGUCGGUACCAGUCAGGGUUCUGUUUUGGUUAUCGUCAUCAAUUUGGCCGCACCGGGAGAACCUCGCCUUACUCAACCGGUUAUGAUUUCGCCUAGCGGGAGCAUCUUCCGAAUCAAAGGCUCUAUGCUGUGCGUUGCAUUCAUUGAACCAUCGGGCAGCCUCAUCUCGAACCCGAGUGAACCGUGGCGGGACGAGACGAAAGAGGCUCGCGAUCAACCGUCGCGCACCGGCGCCGCUGGCGGCGUUGCAAACGACGCAAUUUCCAGUGACGACCAGUACACGGUCAUGGUGUCGGAGAAACAAGCGCGCGUCGUCUCUCUGCCGUCGCAGACGUGUCUCUAUCGCGUCAAUCUGGCGCCGGCCGAAGGCGCCUUCGCCGUCACGGCCAACGUCGUCAAUCUGAAAGAUGGUCCGUGUUUGGCCACCUUCUUAUCCAAUGGCCAUAUCCAAGUAUUUAGCUUGCCCAGCCUUCGACCGCUUAUGGAUGUCGAAUUCACUCCGUUGGUCGAGUUAAGCUUCCAGACGAGUCGGCAGAAUUUGGUGGAUCCCAUGUUAAGCAUUUGGGCGCAUCAACAGUUGUCCGUCAAUGAAGAUUCCGACAAAAUCGCAAGAAACUUCCGCUUUUCGUCGCACGGUCACGGCAUGUACUUGUGUUCUCCUUCUGAAAUUGAAAAAUUCACCAUCUCGUCGGCAUUUGCGUCAACAUUGGGGGAUUUAAUGGGCGAAUUGUUUAUGCCGUGUGAAAUGCCCGAACCACCCAAAGAAGGAUUCUUUAAAGGCCUAUUCGGUGGAGGAGUCCGUCCGUUGGAUCGAGAAGAACUUUUUGGCGAAUCGACGGGCAAAGCUGGCCGGGGCGUUGCUCGUCACAUCCCUGGACCUGCAGCCAACCUGGAGAAUUUGACUUACAAGGCCGGUAGCGUAGCAGCCGAAGUGCAAAAGACACGCCAAGCGCUAAACGAACGUGGCGACAAGCUGGGCAUGCUGGAAGAUCGCACUCAACGGAUGGCCAAUGAGGCGGAAAACUUCUCGAAUGCAGCCCACCAGUUAAUGGUCCGUUGCCGUGAACGCAAAUGGUAUCAACUGUAAUUUUUAGCACACAAACAAACGAGGACUGAAAUGAAAAAGAAAAGAAAAAAAAAAAAUGGUGAAGAGAUGAAAAACGUAGGCCAAAAAGGGGGAAAUUGCAAAUGUAAAGACGACAAGUCACAGAAGCGGACAUCUCCAUCGCACAGCGUCCCGUCGGAAUCGGAUGAUGUUUGUUGUUGUUUUCUUUCUUUCUUUCUAUCUCUUUCUCUCUCUCUCUCUACCUCUUUCGCUUUCUAAACUUUCUUCGUGAUUGGAAAUGAAUUCAUUUGAAGUUGUGAAUUCUAUAGGAACAAAGCAAAAAUUCAAAUGAAAUCGUACUAAAACCGAAACACGGUAACAGCAAUCUGCUUUUCGUGAACUUUUUUUGGCCCUUCCAUUGUGCGGGGAAUGAACUAAUGCGAUGUUGCCACUAUACACCACUCACUACAUGCAACUACUCCUGUUUGAGCAAUGGUACAUCAUUUCAAGAAAACAAGGCAACCCAAAUCUUAUAUCUCUUUCCUUCUCUCUCUCUCUCUGUCUCGCUUUCUUUCACACUUCAAAGCAAAAUGAUGAGUACUUCUUCCAAUGCAACGUCGCGAUAGUUACCCCUCGUUUUCUUGUUUGAAUGUUGUUGUUCCAGUCUCUUUUCGGAAGCAGAAGAAGGGCAAACUAAGCUGGAAAAUAUUCUAUUUAUACAUAUAGAUUUAGAAAAAAAACAUAUUCGUUAUCUACCCCCAUUCGCGCUACCCCCAUAUAUAUCGAUUUGAUAGGGAGAGAAGAAGAAGAAAAAAAGAUUUGAAAAAAACAAAACAAAAAUAUUCCCAACCAAACAAAUCUUUUAGAUUCUUUCGGCACAAUAACCUUCCAUUCGUUGACUGAUGAAAACCAAAACCAAAAAAUAUAAAUAUAUAUUACAUGCUCGUGUUGUAUUUAGGCAGCCCCUCCUUUUUGGCUACCCUCCAUGCCAUUGGAAGGCGUAACAAGAGCGUACCAAACAAUUCACUAGAAAUUUGUUUUUAUUCGUUGGUUUGUUUUCGCAGCCCGUCGUUGGAUGUAAAGCAACACAUUUAUCGGGGAUCGUAUAACCUUGUUGUUGUUUUGUUUCAUUAUUUUUUUUUUUUGGAUUUGAUUUGUUUACGUUCCUCCCGCCCCUCUGCCCUCCCCUAUUUGUUGGUACACGCUCGGGAGUUAAUAUUGAAAGUACUUUUUUUUUUUCUGACGCUAGUCUUUCUUCUCCUCUUUCGGUCUUCUUUGCCUCAAUACUGUCGGCGAUGAAGAGCCGGUCGCGUUGUUGUUGUUCACUUCCUUUCAUGACAUCCUCUUUCCUCCUUUACUGCUGUCAACACCAGAGACUUAAUUGAAUGUAGCAGGUCAUAACAAAAACUGAUGGGUUGUUCAAAUUUUCCCCUUGUUUCUAGAAACUUUAUAGCGUGUUUAAUAAAACGGAAAAAAAAACAAACAAUUAAUAAUCACUAACAAUAAUCAUGACUAACACGCACAAUCGUUUCAUCGGAGACAAUCAAUGAAAUCACAACGCAAUUUGGAUUCAAGAGCAAGCACACACUUUAACGCUUAUCACAAAGACAUAAUCAUCGAAGCAAUUGCGUCGUUUUUGAACGAAUUAACUUUGCGCUGUCUCGCUUCGUUUGACUUGCUGGUUAAGCAUAACUGUUAAUAAUACGAAUAAUCAAUUUCGAAAAAUGAGUGCAAUUUUGUUGUUGUUUUUGAAGAUGUGCUAAUAAUGAGGUAGGAAUGGGCGAUACUAACCGAACAGUAACAUCAAUCAAAUGUGCAAGUUAAUACAAAGUGCCUCCAAUA